AUGGCACCGCACAACGACGCACCUUCUCCCAGCGGCAGCUACACCGCCGGCUUCAACAGGAUGCCCUACCGCCCGGUGGUUACCUCCAGCCUCAUGACGGGCCAUCUCAGCCUACCAGAACCUCACUCCCCUCUCAGCAGCUCGUACAGCACCACCUCAGAGACCUCAGACUUCCACAUGGCUCGUCCGCUGGUGCCCGGCGUCUACGUACCAACCAUGUGCUUCUUUGACGAAGAGACCGAGGAUGUCGACACAGACACCAUUGCUCGGCACGCGGUGCGCCUCGCCCGUGCCGGCGUCACGGGGCUCGCCACGCAAGGCUCCAACGGCGAAGCCGUCCACCUGACGCACGCCGAGCGCCAGCUCGUGACGGCUACCACCCGCAAGGCUCUCAACGAGGCCGGCUUCUCGCAGAUGCCGAUCAUAGUCGGCUGCGGCUCGCAGAGCACGCGCGAGACGAUUCAGCUGUGCCGCGAAGCCUGGGAAGCAGGCGGCGACUACGCGCUGGUCCUGCCCCCUUCGUACUACGCAUCGCUGUUCGCGCCAGCCUCGGAAACCAUCAUUUCUUUCUUCACGGCCGUGGCCGACGCCUCGCCCAUCCCGCUCAUCAUCUACAACUUCCCCGGCGCCGUGGGCGGCCUCGAUCUCUCGUCCGACACCAUCAUCCGCCUGGCCGAGCAUUCCAACAUUGUCGGCGUCAAGCUGACCUGCGGAAACACGGGCAAGCUCAACCGCGUAGCCGCCGCCACCCGCAAGACCAAGACACCCGGCUCCAACGCUGCCCAGCCAGACUUCCUCGUCCUCGCCGGAUCAGCAGACUUCACGAUCCAAUCCCUUGUCGCGGGCGGCCACGGCAUCCUGGCGGGACUCGCCAACAUCGCGCCCAAGGCCUGCAUCCGGACCAUGGAGUUGUUCACCCAGGGCAAGACGGCCGAGGCGCAGGAGAUGCAGGAGGUUGUCGCGCGGGGCGACUGGACGGCGAUCCAGGGCGGCGUAGUGGGCGUCAAGUCCGGGCUGCAAGGGUGGAUGGGCUACGGCGGGUACGCGCGGAGCCCGCUUCCCAGGCCCAGCGGGGACCAGGCCAAGAAGUGGAAGGAAGGGUUCAGGGAACUGGUUAUUCUGGAGAAGUCGCUUUGA